UAAUAGCCCGAACCGCACAUUGUUAGCGCCUAUAAGAGGCAAGUGCAGCAGGAACAGAACAACACAGUAUUCUAAAGCUGCAAUCAUGUGGCGUCUUGUGCUUCUCCUUUCAGUCCUGCAGUCAGCGUACACCAGUCCAAUCACGCCCUGCGAGAAGCUCGGAACCGUUUUGGCUUUGGAGAUCACUUCAUUUACCAAGAAGACACUAAACGAGGGCGCUGAGUUGCUGCAGCGUGUUAUCGAUAAUGCGGAGCUGUUGGAAUUAAGUGAUAUCGAUCGAAUUACGUUGGAACAGUUUGCAGAAUUUAUAGAUGGCACAAGGCAUGCUGUUGAUUCUGGAGAAUUGGAGGAUUUGCUAGAAGAGCUAGUGGAGCUUCUCGAUCUGGAUGAUGUUAGCCUGGAACAGGAUGAUAGUGAGGUUCUUGUUGUCAAGCUAUUGCGUCAAUAUGGCUUCGACACGUUCGAGAGAAAUCUGGAGAAGCAAUUACGAACCUUUAUGGAACGAACUGAAUACCAUGUCGAGGCCUAUCUAAAAAGGCAGAACGCCAAGGACUCGGAGAUGCCAACAUGGUUUACUGAAUUCCAUGCCGAAAAAGAUAUUGAGCGCAAAUUUUUAAUGUUUCCGGAGGUUUUCGAAAAUAUAGAUUGUUAGGCUAGCUUUAUGUCUUAAGUGUAUCUGUGUAGUUUGCACACACACAAGUAUUUAAUAUUUUAUUUUAAUGGUUAUUAAAUGGUCUCAAUUUUGUUCUUGAAUGUUUUUCAA